AUGGAUUCCCCCGCCGUCCCCGCUCCGUUGGAUCCGCAAGAGCAACCAAUUCUUGACCGUCUGCUGCGCACCCGCGACGCUCUCCUGCUUAUCAAGCAGGACAAGUCCUCUUACAUCAAGUCUCGCGACGUGCUUCCACUGUAUGAGGAGGUGAUUUCUGAGGUUGAAAAGCUCAAUGCCGUCCGGAAGGGAAAAGACCGCCGGCUGCCACAUAACCGACUUGACUAUGUACUGGAUGAUUGCUUUCAAUUGAUCUCGCUACUGUUCUUGACAGUUGGUCGGAACAACGAGGCACCUGCAGUGUAUUCCCUGGCAACUACGGUUCAGCGACUUCUUGACCACCUGCAAGAGGCUGGCUUCUACAGUUCCAAAGACCUCAGCUCCAUCACAAAGACUCUCGCUCAUGUUGACGAAACCAUCGACCGCUGUCGCAAUGCAUACUCCCCCGCUUUAUUGACACUUCUAGAGAGCCGACUGGAGAAGUGCCGACUUUUAUUAAACAAGUUGCAGGGUGAUCUUGCGCAGCUGAGCCCCGAACUUGUGUCUACUCAUGAGACACUUGUGUCAAUCCUGCGAUCAACCUCUGCGGUUAACACUCGUUCAAAGUUCUCCGCAUCGGAGGUUAAUGGGCUACGGGAUCAAUUGAAGAAGAUCCAGGACUCGUUGAAAGAUGGCAAUUUUAUUGGCACUGAUGGGCAACCGCUCUCGGGACAGGAGAAUGUGAAAGGCCUAUUGGAACGAUGCUGGCAGUGGACGGAGAUUGUUCUGCAACGGGAGGGAAAGAUUGAUGAGCGGUUCCAAGACCAGUACGAGCGGUUGGUUGACAUUCGCAACCAGCUUGAUCGGCUGUCUGUAACACAAGCGUGGUCUCUCCGUGAGACCGACCUGUUCGGCUAUCAACGAAAACUCGACCGUAUUGAUGAGGGACGUGUGAAUGGGAACUUUGUCGAUGCGGAAGGACAACUGGCGGAUAUUCAUGCGCAACGGACCCUUCUGUACUUGAUCAGGAGAAGCUAUGGAUACAUCUAUGGGCUUCUAAUCUCGUCAGAACCGGUAUCCGAGGCAUUGUUACCGGUGUAUAACCAGCUCCAAACGCUGAAGCGUUGCCUCCUUGAGGUUAAGGAAUCUGGCGGCGUGGCGAAUUCGCGCGAACUUUACCCAUAUAGUAUGAAGCUUAACUCCAUUGAUAAUAUGCGAGUAGAUGGGAAGUUCUACGUGGGCAGCGACAUCCCCGAGGGACAGGGUAGUGUGAAUUCGCUAUUAGCGGAAUGUUACGAUAUUGUAUGGGAGCUGCGGGCGGCCGUGCAGGACGAAGAAGACCGGAAUGCCUGA